UGCUGUGUUUCCGUUGUUAAGCUCAUGAGUAAGAAAAACAAACUUUCAUUAACUCGCCAUCAACCAGCCAGCGGUUCACCGGGGCCUCGCCGCUCGCCGCUCGGUCCCCAGCUCCCGGGGACACCGACACUUUGUCCCGCAUCAGUCCAAGGAGAUUGAACCCGCAGACUUGCUCCUGAUGCUCUGACCUCUGACCCCUGACCCUGCGUCCACCAUGGCGUCGGUCGGCGGCGGCGGCGGCGGCACCAAGGUCUCGUGGCGCCUACGUGAGCUGGAGGCGCACGGCGGCGCCGUCACGUGCGCGGCGCUGUCCAGAGGCAGCGGCCGCCUGCUGGCCACCGGCGGCGCCGACUGCCGCGUCAACCUGUGGGCCGUCAGCAAGGACAGCUGCAUCAUGAGCCUGACGGGCCACAAGUCUCCGGUGGAGUGUGUUCAGCUCAACCCGUCUGAGGAGCAGGUCGCUGCUGGAUCCCAGUCCGGAUCCAUCAGAGUCUGGGACCUGGAGGCCGCAAAGCUCUUAAAGACUCUGAUGGGACACAAAGCGAACGUCAGCUGUCUCAGUUUCCACCCGUUUGGAAACUUUCUGGCAUCCGGCUCCUCAGACACAAACAUCAAGCUCUGGGACAUCCGCAAGAAAGGAUACGUGUUGAGCUUCAAGGACCACUCCCGGCCGGUCCGCUCUCUGGCCUUCAGUCCUGACGGGAAGUGGUUAGCCUCUGCGGGAGACGACGGCUCAGUGAAGUUGUGGGAUUUAUCACAGGGGAAGAAGAUCACGGAGUUUACGUCUCACUCUGCAGCCGUCAGCAUCGUUCAGUUUCACCCCAACGAGUAUCUGCUGGCCUCAGGGAGCGCCGACAGGACCGUCCGGCUCUGGGACCUGGAGCGGUUCUCCCAGGUGGGCUCGUUGGAGGGACACACUUCCUCAGUGAGGUGCAUCCUGUUCAGCCCGGACGGCUCCUGCCUGUUCAGCGGCGCCUCCGACUGUCUGAGGGUCUUCGGCUGGGAACCGGACCGCUGCUUCGACGUGGUCCCGGUGGGCUGGGGCCGCGUGGCGGACCUGUCACUGACCGGCCAGCAGCUGGUCGCCGUGUCCCACCAGCUGUCCACCGUCUCCACCUACGUCGUGGACCUGAAGAGGGUGAAGAGGAGCGGCGAGUCCAAAGUCCCUGGAAGCGUCCAGGACGACCGGCCGCUCGCCGAGCGCCAGGAACCCCGAGGAGCCGCUCUGAGGCGGAGCUACGAGAGGCCGACGCCCACCUGCAGCUCCCAGAGGGAGAGCCGGCGCUCGGAGGCGGAGAGGCGGAGUCCUGAAGGAGAGAGGCGGAGUCUGAGUGAGGAGGAGACGGAGGAGAAGGUGUCCACCGCCGAGAUCCACAACGCCGAGGACUACCAGGAGAUCUUCCAGCCCCGGAGGGCCAUCUCUCGGACUCCUCCACGGACGUCGGAGCCUUUUCCUGCUCCUCCAGAGGACGAAGCAGUCCUCCCUUUCAGUCGACACAUGAAGGACCUGAUUCCUGCUUUUCCUGACAAGCUGCAGGUGAAGCCUCCUCCGUCUCCUCCUGUCCAGAGGGUGAAGCCCACCGUGGUCUCCUCCUCUUCUUCCUCCUCUUCAUCCUCGAAGCCCCCAGCAGCCUUGGCUCCACCCCCCUCUCAGGCCCCGCCCCCCUCCAGGUCCAGACCGGUGGAGCUGAUCCCGAGCAACAGGAGCGCUCCCAUCGGCCUCAACGUGGCCGACUUCCUGCCGGCCUCGGGCUGUCCGGCGUCCCUCAGUGAUGAGGACGCUCUGGCCCUGAUGAAGAAGGGACAUGACACCAUGUGUGUGAUGCUGAGCAGCCGGCUGAAGAACCUGGAGACGGUCCGGGCCGUGUGGACCAGGGAGGACAUCAAGAGUGCCGUGGACACUGCUGUCUCCAUGAACGAUCUGUCCAUAGUGGUGGACGUCCUGAACAUCAUCAACCUGCAGCCGUCUCUGUGGAAGCUGGACCUCGUCACCACCGUCCUCCCUCAGAUCGACAAACUGCUGCAGAGCAAAUAUGAGAGCUACAUGCACUCCGGCUGCUCGUCUCUCAGACUCGUCAUGAAGCAUUUCUGGCCUCUGAUCUCCGACACGCUGAAGGCCACGCCCUCUGUGGGCGUCGACAUCUCCAGGGAGGAGCGACUCCUGAAGUGCCAGCUGUGCCUCAAGCAGCUGAGGAACCUCCGCCAGGUGGUGAAGAACAAGGCGGAGCUCGUCGGUCGCCACGGCAGCACCUUCUGCGAGCUGCAGCUGCUGACGGCGCCGCUGGACGACCUCCUGUGAUCGGCCAAUCAGAGGCGACGGUUCCCCGGGACGGACUCUGGUUCUGAUUGGUUCUCGGAGUGAAGCUGGACUGAAACGCCGAGCAGCUGUUUGACUUUUCACUUCCUGUUUAUUUAAAUAAAGCUACGAUUCUGACGAAACCAAAACGUGUGACGACGUCGGAGG